CAGGCGAGCGCGCGCCUCUGCCCUGCUGCUCUCGGUUGAGACCAUCGGCUCGGCUACAUGCACCUCGUGCUCGCUGCUCCCUUUUCACCGCGGCCGGGUGAUUCCGACCCGAGGGCGUGAACCCUGAGGACAGGGAGGACACCCAGUGAAAUGCAUUCCUGACCUGAUUGGACCAGAGAAACAAAAAAAAUAUCCAGAUCUCUCAGCCCUGUUGUGCAGGUGGAUGUCACAUUCAAACGCUCAAGAUGGCAGCCACUGACCUAUCCUCAAUAUGGGCUCUGCCUGCACAGGACUCUGCCUGUUUCUAUAUGAGAAAUACUAAGGGGGAAAGGAUAGUGCCAGGAUUCCCAGCAACUUGGUUACAGGGACCAAUGUCUUUUAAAGAUGUGGCUGUGGAGUUCACCCAGGAGGAGUGGAUGAUGCUGGACUCUGCUCAGAGAAGUAUGUACAGAGAUGUGAUGUUGGAAAACUAUAUAAAUCUCACCUUAGUGGAAUAUCAAUUAUGCAAGCCUGUGAUCUCCCUGUUGGGUCAAGAAGACAUAAGAACUGUGACAAGCAGAAUUCCCCAAGGCACCUGUCCAGACUGGGAGAUUCAAUUCAAAACCAAAGAGUCAACUUCUAAUCAGAAUAUUUUGGGUGAAAAAUCAUCUGGUGGCAUGAAAAUAAUAAGAUUCACAAUGGAUGAUUGGUCUUCUACAUUAAAAGAAGACUGGGAAUGUGGUAGAAUCAGAAAACAGCACAAGAUCCCAGAGGGAAUUUUGAGGCAAGUGACAUUUACUCAAAAGAAGACAGCAUCUCAGGAGAGAUUGUUUGACUAUCAUGAAUUAGAGGAAAACUCUAAACUUAGAUCAACACUUGUUUUUUCAAGGAGAGUUUCUACCAGUAAACAUUGCCAUAAAUGUUACUUAAAUAUUAAGUGUUUGAAGCAUAAUCCAAUCCUAAACAAUUUUGAAAAUAUCUCUGUAAGUGAGAGGCUCUGUGAAAGUCAUGAAUUUGACAGAACUCUGUGGCAUCUUGAAAGAACUCAAAUAGCACAGAGAGUGUACACAUAUUGCAAAUGUGAUACACACUUCAAACAUAAUAAUAUGCUUCCUAUAUGCAACAAUUUUCUCAUGGUGGCGAAUUCCUAUGAAUGUAAUAAAAACAAAAUCUUUUGUCAUCAUUCAUUCCUUGAGCAACAGGAGCAAACUCCUACUGAAGAGAAACAUGAAUGUAAUCAGUGUGGAAAAACUUUCAAAAGGAUUUCUAAUCUUAUUUUGCACAAGAGAAGUCACACGAGUGAGAAACAAUAUGAAUGUAAAGAAUGUGGGAAAGUCUUCAAUGAUUCCUCAACCCUAAGGAGACAUGUAAGAACUCACACUGGUGAGAAACCUUAUGAAUGUAAUCAGUGUGGAAAAGCUUUCAGUCAAAAAACAUCUCUUAAGGUUCAUGUGAGAACUCACACUGGAGAGAAACCUUAUGAGUGUAAUCAUUGUGGAAAAUCCUUUGGCACAAGUUCUUACCUUAUAGUGCACAAGAGAAUACACAGUGGGGAGAAACGCUAUGAAUGUGAUGACUGUGGAAAAGCCUUCAACACAAGCUCUCACCUUAAAGUUCACAAGAAAAUACACACUGGAGAGAAUCUUUAUGAAUGCACUGACUGUGGGAAGGUUUUUAGUGGUCUCUCAUCUCUUAGAAUGCAUGUGAGAACUCAUACAGGGGAGAAACCCUACGAAUGUAAGAAAUGUAGGAAAACCUUCAGUGUUUCCUCUUCUCUUAGAAGACAUGUGAGAACUCACACUGGAGAGAAACCCUAUGAAUGUAUUCAAUGUGGAAAAACCUUCAGUCAGAGUUCCUCACUUAUUAUACAUAAGAGAAUUCAUACUGGAAGAGAAACCCUGUAACAGUUAAGAAUGUGAGGUUGCCUUUUUCAUUGUCUUAAGGUGGAUUUCACGGUCAUUGUUUCAGUGUUUGUUCUCUAAAAUAAGCAUUUGAGGCUAUCAAUAGUCCUAUAAACACACCUUUAGCUAUAUAACACAUUUUGGUCUAUGAUAAUUUGUUUUGUUUUAAAUCUAAGUGUUGUCUGAUAUCCACUAUGACAUUAAGUCUUUUUUGAUCCAUAAAUGUUUAAAAUCAUGUAUCUUUAAUAUGUUUGCAGUUACCUUAUUGAUUUUUAAGUAAUUGUAUUAAGUUUAAAGUAUCUGAACUAUAUGAUACUACUUUACUAGCAUUUUCUUGAGAGUUGCUUUCUGGCCUGGUGUUACAGAUAUUGCUAGUAGCCAAAUGAAUAUUCACUUCAUCCCUCCCGACUGGCAAUCCUAUUUUAGCUUAUAUCAACACGUCUAAUUAUAGAACUCUUUUCAGCAGCUUUGCUGCCAUGCGGAGCCAUUCCCCUCAUUCCUGGUGAAUCAAAUAUAGACAGUAUUACUGGG